AUGGCGACUAUCGACAGAGGUGCAACACCAAGUGAGGGCUUAACAUCGGUGGAUAUGUACGUUCCAGCACCAGAACCGUCAACGCCACAUAUCGAUUAUGAAAUCAUAGCAAAAAUGCCAGUGUGGGAUAGUAAUGGUAUCAUGAUCCCACUCGAUCACUUAUAUAGAAACCAAAAAGUGAUUAUUGUAUUUAUUCGAAAUUUUCUAUGUUACACUGCUAAAGAGUAUGUAGAAGAUUUAGCCAAAAUUCCACCAAACUACCUCUGGGAUGCAAAUGUACGUCUGGUUGUGAUUGGUUGUAGUGAAUGGAAAUAUAUCAAGGCAUUCAAGAAUGAAACUGGUUUUCCAUAUGAACUUUAUGUAGAUCAAGAAAAAAACAUUUUUAGUGCAUUGAAGUUAAAGAACCAUUCUUCAGUUCAAGGUAAGACAUACGCGGUUUAG